CUGAGUGAUACAAGAAUCGUUUUUCUUUCACAAGCAGUAAAAAAAGAAGUACUACGAAAAUAUAUAAAUUGAGAGCCACUUUAAAAGUGCUUAGUAAACGGUGUUUAGUAAGUUAAUUCCGAUGUGAUUCAUAUCAUUGUUGUGAAAAAUAUUUUAUUUAUUAAUUUAAUAAUUUCAUCACAGAUUAACUUCUGCACCAAUUCAGGAUGUCAACGUUGAACGUGUUAUGUGCCAUCUGCAGUGAAUAUUUCAGAAAAAACGAUAAUAUCUACGCGACUACAGUUUGCGGUCAUGUGUUCCAUCAUCAAUGCUUAUACCGUUGGUUGGCCAUUUCUAAUACAUGCCCGCAAUGUCGUAGUUCUUGUCAUCGCCGUCGAGUGCACCGGAUAUUUUUAAAUUUCUCAGAGCCCAGUGAAAUAGAUGAGUUGCCAGUGGAAUUGCGCAAAGAACCGGAGUGGAUUUAUUAUGAUGCUUCAAUUAAAUCAGAAGAUCUGUUAGCUGGUGCUCUCAAAGUUGACACCGACGAAGAUGGCAAUGACAUGUAUAUCGCUCGUGUUUAUUUACACGAUGAUUUACUGCCAGCUUAUUAUGUGCCGCAAAAGGGUGGCGCAUACACGGCUUGGAAUUGUAGAUCACAUUUUCUGACCAAUGAAAUUGAAAUAUUAGAUACUUCUAAUGACGACGCCGAAUACAAAUGGAUUACCCAAUCAACUGGUGAGGUGCCACCUUACGCUCUUAUAACUGGUUACUGUGAAACGGGUGAAAAUCUGUAUACGGCACGAGCUGAACAUGAAGGCCACGUACGUUAUGGGAAACUUCAUCCGUCUCACGGCGUAGCCUAUAUGCCGUACAAAGAAUUGGAAGUGAAUAGUGAGAACUAUGAAGUUUUGGCACGUAUACCAGCAUCAUCAAAGACUGAAGAUUCCAGUUCAAAUGAGCCACAAAGUGCAAAUGCUUAAGAAAAAGAUAAUUGAAUUUUCAUUAGUUUAUUAAUGUUGUGUGCAAUGAAAAGUUAAGUUUAAAUUGUAGGUAAACAUUACAAAGAUAUUCAAAGGAAAUGAUUUCAUAAGUAUUCUUAUUUUAAUUAUAAGUAAAUUAUGGAUCUGAAUACAUACAUAUGUGUAUAUAUAAGAAAUGAUUGUAAAAGUGAAAUCGCAGCCAAGUAUUGAUUUAAGUCAUGAGAGAAUAAAUCAAUGACAACAUUAUAAUGCAAUAAUGAUAUCAUGAUGAGUUGCAGCGAAUGACGGCUGAAAUGAGCAAUACAACCCUCUAAGCAUGUUCACAUGUUCACUAGCAGACACACGGAAAAAAUUCCUUUAUUGCCGGCUAUUGCCGCGAAUCUUAAGCUUGUAUAAUCUGCGCAACUCCCGCUCUAGUUUGUUUAUUAUGUGUUUUUUAGUGAGCUAUGGGAUUCAUUUUCAUUUGAAAAUUCAAAAAAAAAAGUUUCAAAUUGAUUUUCUCGUGAACCGCUAAUACCGAUCGCUUCGGUUAAAUACAUUUAUUUAUUUACACAUGAAAAUCGCUCAUUUAUACAUUCAUUGUGCUUUUGCCUAGUAAGUUUACCGGGGCAAAUGUGUCGUAUCAUGAUGGAUGUCUUUUGUAAGUAUAUGGCGAAUUCAAAGCAAAAGUAACGUAUAAAUAGAGGCAGUAUUUUAUUCACCUUCUCAUCACGACCUAAGGCAAAUGUAUAUAUAUAUCUGUUCAUUAUUAUUAUUAGGAACUUUUUUUUUUA